CAAGCGCUCUAGAACAAAUCAGCUGGCAUUCUGAUUGGAAUACUAACUAUUUUUUGUUUUUUUGUUUGUUUACAACUCACACUUUGUUAUCAUCAACAGACGCGUCUUAUUCUUGAUUACCUUUUCUAUUUUGCGCCGAGUGCAAAGAGCUUUCCACUGCUUAAAACAAAAAAAAAAGAGUUGUUCCCAUCGCCGAACCCCGAACCCAUUUUAGAUCAACAGAUCUCCAAGAUGUCCUCCGGAAAGAUCCUGCCACGUCGCCAGGCGGUGCCAGUGCUCUACACCAGGGGCACCCAUUACGAAGUUGGCUUCGAUAUGGGUCGCACAUUUGGGUCCAUGAUCAAGAACUUUCUGAUCUUAUCGAAGCCCCUCAACGAGACCUACUUGCCGCUCUACCAGUCGCCAAAAGGCAGGCAGAUCUACAACGAGACCCUGGGUUCGGUGAAGGACAGCUUCCCUCAAUAUGUGCGCGAACUGGAGGGCGUGGCCGAUGGUGCGGAGGUGGAAUUCCAUAAGCUAUUUUUGCUGCAUCUGGAUGAGAUUCUACCGCAGGCAUUGAAGCACCAACCACGUAGCAAAAACCAACCAACCGGCUGCUCCACCAUCAUUGUUAACCAAAAGAAUUGCCGCCUUUUGGGCCACACGGAGGAUGCACUGACGGAGACCCUGAAUCACUACUACUUCGUGGUGGCACACAUCAUCAGUGACAAGCCGCAGGGCAAGUACAACGUUAAGGAGGAGCACUUCAUGUCCCUCUGCUACGCUGGCCAUCUGCCCGGAUACACUAUGAGCCAUAAUCAUCAUGGAUUGGUCUUCAGCAUCAACACCAUCAGUGCGGAGCUCUUGCGCAGCGGCAAGACACCGCGACACUUCAUCACCCGGGCUCUGUUGGCCACCAGCAACGUGGACGAUGCCUUCCGCGUGCUCAAGGAUGCGGGAGUGGGUGCAGCGGAUGCCUGUUCCAUCAAUUUCACCUUCCUGGCGGAUCCCCGCCAAAUGUGCUACAAUGUGGAGAUGGCACCAUCGCCGGACCGCAAGAAUGAGUCUCAUUUGAAUAUCAAGGAGGUGCCGCUGGGCGAGCACAACUACCAUGUCAAUCAAUUCGAUCGCAUUCGGCAGGAUCAGGCCAACGAUCUGAUGAUUAGCUCGAGCAUCUCCAGGAUGCAAACAUUUGGAGCGUACAAUCCGCCGAUGAGCGAGCAGGAUGUGCGCCACAUGCUGGGCGACGUGUCCGGCGGAGUUUACUGCGUCUGGCGGGAGAACAACAGCUGCGACGAGGUGGUCAAGACCAUUGCCGUUGGCAUCUUCGAUCUCAGUGCCAGGACCAUUUCCCUGUAUUCCGACAAUCCCAGCGAGACGGAGCCACACUGCCGCCUGCCGCUGCUCUACAAGUAGAUGCGUAAUCCGUAUCGGUAGCCAUGGCAUUCAUCGCGUCUUUACUUAAUCAUUCUCAAAUGACUAUAACAUAAUAUCAAUCUAUGAUCUAUAUAACAUAACUAUAACAUAAUAUCAAUCUAUGAUCUAUAUAUCAGAUACAGGUAUUGCCUAUAAUUAGGCCCUCUUUCAAAACAGUUUUCGAACUGCGAUACGAUUUCAAUAUGCUCUACUUUUGAUUUCGCCAUAUAUGCGCAUAUAUAUAUAUUUUUUUGUAUACAAUAUUCAUACAAAUUAUCAGUAUAUUAAUAUUUUAAAAGAUUUUUUAAAUCAAAAAUAGUUGAAAUGUUUUUUUUUCUUACCUUAACUCAAAAGAAGUUCACUUUCCGUUCUUUGGCUCAUUCUAAAUUUAAAAUUGUAACAAAAGUACAUAUAUUUAUAUUGAUAUUUUACCUACUCAUUACUUUGUGUCAUCGAAUGUUUCUUUUUAUGGUUGAAAAGUAUAUAAUUAUAUACUACGGAAUCUGAUAUAAAUAUAUAUAUAUAUAUAUAUAUAUAUUAAAAUGUUUUUAAUAAAUAAAAAAUAUUGUUUUAUAAACAU